AUGCUUUCCCUGCGUCGCUAUGCCCCACGUAUGAUCUCUCGUGCCCGCCUCUACACUAGUGGCGACUCUGGCUCUUUCCGUGGUACUACCAGCGGUGACAGCUUCACCAAGCGUGAGAAGGCCCAGGAGGACCUCUACGUCAAGCAGCUUGAGAAGGAGACCCUCAAGAAGUUGCGCGAGGAGCUGGCUGCCCGCGAGAAGGACAUUGCUGAUCUUAAGGCUAAGGUUGACGACUUUGAGAAGAACAACCCAUGUGUCUCGUUUCUUCUUUUGCCAUCUGUGAUGGUCUCAGUUUCCGCUCUCCCGGGGUUGAUUUUAUUUAGAACAUAUAGUCAAGAUUAA